GUGUGUGAGAGAGAGUGUUGUGUCGGGGAGUUGUCACAGCACUGAGGAAAAAAGUGUUGGGGGGAGGCGCGCAACGUGCGAGAGGAGUUGAGGGAAAGAGAGACACAGAGGAGAGUUGCGUGAGUGUGUGUGUGCGUGUGUGUGUGUGAGAGAGAGAGAGAGAAGAGUGAGUGAGAAGAGUGAGUGAGAGACCUCGGCGGAGAGGAGGAGUAGAGAGAGAGAGAGAGAGAGAGAGGGAGGGGAGGAGGAGGAGAGCUCCGUCUCUCCCGGUGCACUUGGCAGUCUAGUUGCGGGCUGCUGUGCUGUUGCUGUCGUGGCGUGGCUGGUCGCGCCGGGCGGGGAGCGUCACCACACUGGAGCCCGGAGUCCCACUCUCUCACCUGCGCAGUUCGGAGCUGCCAUGGGUCUCUCGCCUGGAUUUACUGUCCUAAUCAUCCUGCCGGCCUUUCUGCUGCACACCAGCGGCCUUUACAUCGCCAGUAGCGUCGACUCCCUGCAGCAUGUCCUGGGGGAGUAUGGACUGGUGAGGCCGAUCAGUGUGGACGCAGAGGGCCGCUUCCUGUCACACACCGUCUCGGCUAGCCGCAUGGCAGGAGGGCAGUCCCGUAGGCGCCGGAGGAGGGAGGCGGGAGCAGGCAAUGACGAGUGGGAAGGACCAAAAGAAGAGCCGAUGGCCUUUCGCCAAAGGGUUUACUACAAUGUCACCAUCUUCGGCCGGGAAUUCCACCUGCGUCUGCGCCACAAUGCCAGGCUGGUGGCCCCCGGAGCCAAGAUGGAGUGGCACGAUGACAGCGACAGCACUCUGCAUUCUGAGCCACUGCACGAUGAAUGCUUGUACGUGGGGGACGUCAAAGACGAACCAGGAGCCUCUGUGGCUAUUAGCAACUGUGACGGCCUGGCUGGUGUGAUCCGGGUGGAGCAAGAGGAGUUUUUCAUCGAGCCGGUGGAGAGGGGCGACGGAUUGGGAGAGGAGGAGCAGGAGGAAGAGGAGGGAGGAGGAGGAGGAGGAGGAGGAGGAGGAGGAGGAGGAGGAGGAGGAGGAGGAGGAGGAGGAGGAGGGAGGACACACGUCGUCUAUCGCUCCUCAGCCAUCAAGAAAGCUCCGGUCAGCAGCCCGGCGGCAGGCUACCACUCCACAGGUGCUGACCUGAUGGACCUGGAGUCUCUGUACCGCGGCGUGGAGCAGAGCAUCAACCACACGCGAGCCGGGCGCAUGCGCAGACAGAGCCUGGACCGCGCCUACAACAUCGAGGUGCUGCUCGGCGUCGACGACUCGGUGGUCCAGUUUCACGGGAAGGAGCACGUCCAAAAGUACCUGCUCACACUCAUGAACAUUGUGAAUGAGAUCUACCACGACCAGUCUUUGGGAGCAAAGAUCAAUGUGGUGCUGGUGAGGAUUAUCAUGCUGUGCAAUGGCAAGUCCACGAGUCUGAUUAAACUGGGGAACCCAUCUCAAAGUCUGGAGAACGUGUGUCGCUGGGCCUUCCUGCAGCAGAAGCAGGACACGGGGGACACGGAGCAUCAUGAUCACGCCAUUUUCCUCACACGCCAGGAAUUUGGCCCCACGGGCAUGCAGGGUUACGCCCCCGUGACUGGCAUGUGCCACCCGGUGAGGAGCUGCACUUUGAACCAUGAAGAUGGUUUCUCCUCUGCCUUUGUGGUGGCACACGAGACCGGACAUGUGCUGGGGAUGGAGCACGAUGGCCAAGGGAACAGCUGUGGAGACGAGGUGCACAUGGGCAGCAUCAUGGCUCCGCUGGUGCAAGCUGCCUUCCACCGUUUUCAUUGGUCCAGAUGUAGCAUGCAAGAGCUGGGACGCUACCUUCAGUCUUAUGAGUGUCUCCGUGACGACCCCUUUGACCACAACUGGCCGUCUCUGCCUCAGCUUCCUGGUUUGCACUACUCCAUGAAUGAACAGUGUCGCUUUGACUUUGGUGUUGGCUACACGAUGUGCACCGCGCUACAAAAGGCGGGCCAGUCAGGAACGCAGUAUCGCACGUUUGACCCAUGUAAGCAGUUGUGGUGCAGCCACCCAGACAAUCCAUUCUUCUGCAAGACCAAGAAAGGACCUCCUAUUGAUGGCACCAUGUGUGGGAAUGGAAAGCACUGCUUUAAAGGUCACUGCAUCUGGUUGACACCUGACAUCAUAAAACAAGAUGGGAACUGGGGUAGGUGGAGCGAGUUCGGCCAGUGCUCCAGCACCUGCGGUGGAGGAGUGCAGUUUCGCACGCGUGACUGUGACAAUCCAAGGCCAGCCAACGGGGGCCGAAGCUGCAUGGGGGCAUCACAACAGUUCCAGAUGUGCAACGUCAACGAGUGCGAGGAUAUCUACAGUGACCUGCGAGAGGAGCAAUGCCUCGUUGGGGACCCCAGCAACAUGCAGCACUGGUUGCCUUAUGAACACACGGACCCCAACGAACGCUGCAGCCUGCAUUGCCAGUCCAAGGAGACGCGAGACGUGAUGUCCAUGCAGAGACUGGUCCUGGACGGCACGCGCUGCUCUUACAAGGACCCACACAGUGUGUGCGUGGAUGGGGAGUGUGAGAAAGUGGGCUGUGACGGUGUGGUUGGCUCCUCAAAGCAGGAGGACAAAUGUGGAGUCUGUGGAGGAGACAACUCCAGCUGCAAGACCUUCAAAGACACCAUCACACGCACCGCCAAGAAACAAGGUUUACUCAAAAUUCUUGAAAUCCCGAGGGGAGCGAGACACUUACUGAUCCAAGAGCCGAAAGCAACCUCACACACUUUAGCUGUAAAGAACGUCGCCUCUGGAGUAAUCUUCUUGAAUGGGGAAGAAAACAAUUACCCAGAAUCCCACUCGGUGAUAGAAAAAGGCGUGGAGUGGGAAUAUGAGAAUGACAACGACAAGGAUACCCUUCAGACCACUGGUCCCAUCAGACAUGGAGUUCUGAUCAUGAUGCACUUGCGUGGUGAUGAGGAUGUGACUUUGUCUUAUAAGUACAUGAUGAACAUGGACAGUGACUCUAUUCAGAACAACAUGCUGGUAGAGGACAGUGCAUAUGAGUGGGCUCCAAAGAAAUGGUCCUACUGCUCCAAGCACUGCGGUGGAGGGAAGCAGCACCUGCGCUACGGAUGCAGAAGGAAAGUUGACAGUAAGAUGGUCCACAAGAGCUUCUGUAACAAAUCCAACAUGAAACCCCGAGGAGACACCAGAGACUGCAACCAGAAGCCCUGCCCCCCCCCCAUCUGGGUGACAGGGGAGUGGCAGAACUGCAGCAAACCAUGUGGAAAGACAGGGAUGCAAAUCCGCUCGGUCAGCUGUGUCCAGCCAUCAGACGACAACACCACACGCUCCAUCCACAACAAACACUGCAACGACGACCGGCCCGAGUCUCGCAGACCCUGCAACCGACACUCCUGCCCGACCCAGUGGAGAGUCGGGCCGUGGUCGCAGUGCUCCGUGUCAUGUGGCAACGGGACCCAGCAGAGACCGGCGCUGUGCCACACCAGGGACAACACCAUCGGCCUGUGUCUGGACAGCAAGCCCGACACCAUCAGAGUCUGUCGCCUGGAUCCAUGUCCCAAGGGCUCGUCUGACCUCAACAAGAACGGAAACAUCCUGAUCCAGUUGCCGUCCCGACCAAACCACAACUUGGUCGGGAAGAUCUCCUCACGCCAGCGUUGUCAUGGAGACCGCUCUGUGUUGUGUCGUAUGGAGGCGCUGAAGCGCUACUGCUCUCUACCGGAGUAUCAGCGCAUGUGCUGCAAGUCCUGCAGCAAUGUCCCCAUUACAAAGCCUCCACCCAUCUCCACAUCUACAUCCAUCCUGCCAAGUGCUUCUCCAUCCACCCUCAGCUCAGGCUUCACCAUCCACCCCACCAGAGCUGUCAUCUCCACCAUUUCAGCCUUCAACAUCAAUCCGUGGACCACCAAUAGUCCUCCUACCUCUACCCCUGCUGUUCCUCAUUUCACCCCUUUACAACUAGGUUCUACACAAAUGAUGACCACUUAUGCUUUCCCAACCACCAGUGCUCCUGUCCUCCCCACUAUGUUUUCUGAGGCAACAACCUCAGUGAUCACAUCUUCUCCCAGUGUUACUAGUCAUUCCUUAGCUUUGCCUGUCCCAGGUUUUAGCACUACAAAUGGUCCAGCAACAUCUGUUACAACUGCUCUACACCUUCCAGCAACAACCGUUGCAACUAUGACCGAUGCAACUGAGAUAGACGCCCAAAUCAAAUCCAAGCCCCAAAAGAUAAUGCCAAAGAUUAAGUCCAAAAAGUGGAUUCCACCAAAGGUUAAUUCAAAAAUUAGUAAUGAACUCAAAAAUACUACAAGAAAGGAUCCACCAAAAAUCAAUCCGAAAAAGAAUAAAAGUGACAUUUUGCCAAAGAAUACCCCAUGGAACAGCCGACCGCCCAAAAGUAAACCAGUAACAACAAUUCCCAAAAGGACUACUGCGACAAACACUGCUCCCAAAAAGAUUACUCCCAAACAGCCUACACUCAAAAAGACACCACCCAAACAGACCGCUUCAAAAAAUAAUACUCCACCAAACACUACACCCAAAAAGAGUCAUCUCAAAACUACUACUACCCCAAACAAUACUUGGCCAAAUAUUACUCAAUCAAACACUACCAUCUCAAAGACUCCUUCUGUAAAGACCGACCUCAAAAAGACUCCUUCUGUAAAGACCGACCUCAAAAAGACUCCUUCUGUAAAGACCGACCUCAAAAAGACUCCUACAGGGAAGAAGACUCCUGGGAAAGUACACAAACCCAUGCUUAAAAAGGCUCCACCAAAAGCCAAAUCCCCAAAAAACAUUCAGCCAAAGACAAAAGUUACAAAGAAAAUAGAAACCAAGACAAAUCCUAUAAAGACCCCAAAAGUAGGUCCCAAAAAUGCCACACACACUCAGACCAAGGUUUAUCCAAACAAGACUAAGAGCAACACAAAAAAGGCCUUACCUAAGGCAGUGCCUUCAUUUUAUACCACAGCCUCUACUCCGAGUCCAGAACAUCUGGCCCCAAACCUUUCUUCCACUGUCUCAUCCAGCACAAGUGUACAUGGAACACCUGCAGGCAUCCCUGUGCCUGAGUCCAGAACCAAUGCUACUUAUGGCAAUAACCAAAGAGCAUUUAUAGAUGAAACUCCACUGUGGUACCCUGACACUUCAACGACAUCACCCAGCGCCUUUGAAGACUUAGUAACUCCGACUGGAACCCCCCAUUUUGAAGAAGUCAACAUUCCUAGUGGAACCAUAACAUAUAGUGAUAUCCCAUUAACCAGCAGUGGUGACAUAACAGCAACCAGCAGAAUCCUUCUCAGUGAUUAUGACAUCACAGCGUCCUACAGCAACAUUGGAGGGGUCAGUGACACCGUGGUGCUGGACGACGGCUUCACCAUGUUGAUCCCAACUAUCAAUAGUGAAGAUAUGACGGACCUGGCUUCCUCGCCAUGGAUGGAUCUGUCUGAAUAUAUUCCAGUGACCAUCCCUGUCCCCACGACCCCCUCAGACCCCGCGUCACCUGCCACCGGAACUACCCGGACACCAGACAAAUCGGCCAUCGCAACCACCGCAAGCCCACAGCGAAAACCAGAGGAGAACGGCGAUAGCAACUCCAUCGACGUCAUAUACCACAGGAUCAUCGGCGUAGACAGUGACGUCUCCCACAACAAUCUGAUCCCAAAGCGUCGGAUUAACCUCAGAGAGAGAACCAAGAACAAACGCAUUCAGGAGCUUCUGGAGGAGAAGAGGAAUUUCCUCCUGCGGAUGAAGAGAGGCCAUGCAGCAUGAUCGGCCUUCUCAUUUAUCUUAGAGAUGAAUAUUUUCUUUGCAGACUUUUUAAAACCCUCUGAACCGAUAAUGCUUCCAGGGGCCUAUCAACACAAAAACAGCUCAGUCAUGCCACUAACAUGACAAUCAUGACUGUUGAUCAUCGAGCAUAUUAUGGCCAAACAGUUGAUUUGAGCGAAUAAAAGUACAGAUUGAAGCAGAUUUGAAGCAAUUUACAAUACAACAAAAAGACACAAAAGCGCACAUCUACAGUAGUUGGCCACAGUUUUGCCAGCACUACACAAAUCAAAGCUUCCAUCCCUCCAAGCCACCUCACAGUAAGCUGCUCCUGCAGGUCCUUUCCUCACAGACAGCUGUGGCUCAAUCCCUAUUGAUAUUUUUACUUUGGUGUAAUCGAACUGUUUAUAAAGUUUACACUGCUUGGAUUGUGUUACCUUUUCCAAAGCAAACGCCAGUCUGACCACGAGGGGUCUCUCAUCUCUCAGGAAGUUAAGAUGCAGCAUGUUGAGAGACACAGCAAAACAUUUGGUGAAUUUUGAUGAUAUAUGUUUAUGUCUCAUUGGAAAAACAAGUAAAGAGAAAAAACAUUUUGCAUUUUUUUUCUUCCUUUUUUACGAUCAGUAAAGUAUGGUGCUUUUUUGGUCAGUGUUGAUAAAAGCUGCUUCCUUGUGCAUUUAUUCAUGUAAAACAAAUAAUAUUAAAAUAAACAAGCCUGUUUGUAUUAACUUUAUCCAAAUAGAAGCUUUGGGGCCAUUUUUUUUUCUUUUUAAAAAAUGGUAUUAUUGGUACAUCUCAACCUUGCAGCAGCUGCAAAAGCAUCCAUGGAUCUUUCUGUACGAUAUCUGUACAUAUGAAAAAGAACUGAAUGUUUUAAUAUUUAUUAAAGUUUAAGUGCCUAUGGUAUUUUGCAAA